GGCAACGCUGCAAUCAGCUGUUCUGAUGCCACAGAGUGUCAGCACUAAUAGCACUUUUUCGCUUUCGUGUUCUUAGAAAAAUUCAAUUCAACGCGUAAUUUAGUUGCUGUUUUCGUUUGCAUGCUUGAAUAAUAGAAGCAUAUUGUUCGAGAACAUGCAUACGGAGCGGGGGAGAUAACAAAGCGUACGCCCGAAAAGAGACAGACAGAAACGAGCAGAAGCAGAAUCAGCAGCAACAACAGCGCGGGCCCUUUGUUGUUGUGUCUGCCACGAAAAUUCUAAUUCCCUUCGGCACCCAGCCACCCCCCCACAAACGUGCCUCUAAGCCCUCCUCCCGCCCACUUCAGCCAUGAGCCAUGCACUGGAUAAGGCGGAUCCGCCGCUGCUGCAGCUCGAGGAUGAGGAGGAUCUCAUCGGAGACUUUGUCAAGGACCAAUCCGUAGCCCCACUCCUCAAUGGUUUCGCCUCCAGCACAAACAAUGUUACCCAGUUGACCACAAAAGUUGAGAUUAACACAAUUGGAGUUGGGAAGCGAAAAUCCAAGAAGAAGGUGAAGAAGGAACGUGAGCCGAUGCUUCUGUCAGUAGACGACGACGACAACGCUGAAGAUGAAGAUGAUGUGAAAGGCGCUGGGGAUGCGGCGGUGCCGGUCCAUCAGAAACCGCAGCUGGAUCAGUUGCUUAUCUUGAGCGACGACAUCAACACAGAUGGCGGCGACGAUGACGACGACGAUGAAGUGGAAGUUCUACUCAGCCGAAACCCGUCGGGCAACGUUGCGAGCGCCGCCCUGCGCAAUGGCACCGUCAACGGUAGAGCAAAAUUCAAAAAUCACUCUGAGGAGAGCAGUGAGAGCCGGAGCUCUAGUGCCACGCCACAGCCACAGGUGAUUAGUCACAUUGCAACAACAAAGGCGACAGCAUCAGCACCAUCCUCUCCUCUGAAAUCUGCAACGCACAUUGCCAUUGGACGUCACCCGCACGACGAGGCCGACGAUAUUUGCCUGGUGCCAGAAAUCGACUUUGAGGGCAUGUCCACGGACGCGGGAAGCGAUAAUCGGGAAUCCCAGCCACUACUCGGAGGCGGCAGUGCCAGUCACGGAAGUCGCAUUAGUGAUCUGCUAGGAGGCCUGGGCCGUGGACACGAUCAUGUUGACUUUAUAUCGAAUACAUUUGGAGCAAUGCCUGGCUGUGUUCAAGCCAAAGGAUGAGGAACCCUAUGGCCGACUGAAUCCAAAAUGGACCAAAUGGAUGCACAAGCUCUGCUGUCCCUGCUGCUUUGGACGUGCCUGCCUGAUACCAAAUCAGGGCUAUCUAUCGGAGGCCGGAGCCAGUCUAGUGGAUC